AUGAUUACCCUUAGUCCCGGCUCGCUCUGCGACGUCUGCGCGGAGGAGUACGGCGCACACAACCUGCCCCAUUCCAUCCCUUGCGGACAUGUGCUCUGUCUCAACUGCUGCAACAACAUCAUCAAGAAAACCCCAUCCCGUCUCACGCCUGCCUGUCCUUUCUGUCGCGUCCAGUUCUCUAGCGAUGCCAUCCGUCUGAUCCGCAUCGACUUCGGCAGCGGUUGGUCGACCCCCAAGAAGACGACCAUCGAGGCCCACGACCACAUCGAUAUCGGCGAGGACGAUGUUCUAUUGUUCAACCCUGGCACCGUCAAGACCAGAGCCGAGGCCCGUAGGCUCGAGUCCAAGGUCGCCAAGGUCGCCGCCAAGAAGUGUUCGGUGGAGGAGGUGACGACCCUACACAGGGAGCUGCAGGAAUGGUUGAACUCGGACAAGCUCGACGAGCAGACGUCCUCUCUUCAGCUCAGCGCCGCUCUCCUGCGCGCCAUCCUCGUCAACCACGUCGCCCACUCCGAGGCUACUCGCAUGGCCAAGAAUGUCGAGGCCAACCUCCGUGAGCGUCUUGAGGAUGCCCAAAACGAAAAGGAGAAGCUCGAGGCUGAGCUGCGCAGUAUCAGAUCUCAAUACUCGCAGAAGGCGCAGGAGGCCCAAACCCUCCGUGCCGAGCUCAACCGCUCGAAGGUCAAGUCCGCCGCCCCGAGCUUGGGCGUUCCGGCGACGCCGCCCCCGAGUUCCGUACCCUCGGGCAUGAUCUCCCCUCCGCGACCCCCGUCUACUAUGUCCGGAUCUCGUUCUGGUGCCACUUCACCGACGUCACCCACCCGCACAUCGUACACGCCGUCCUUCCAGUCGCCCCUCGCUCGGCCCGCAUUGCCGAUGCAUUCUCGCACGACCUCGAUGCACGUCUCUGCCCAUCGGUCGAUGACGCCUUCCGUUCGGUCUGGUACUCCCCUUGUCAGCGGUGCUGACAUCGCGCGUCCGGCCACUAUACCCCCCAAGCCCCGUCGGAUGUCGAUGUCGACGCCGACCCCCACCAAAAUGAUGCGGUCCAGCUCCAGCUCGGACGAAAAAGAAAAGGAGAGGCAACGCGCCGACGACAAGCAGCGCGAGAAGGAUGAGCGGCGCGUGCAGCUCAUCCAGCGCUGGAUCCCCUCCACCGACGCGUUCUCGCGCAGCCCGCCGACAGGCCGCCCCGAGAAGUUCGAGUCCGCGCUCGCUUCCGCGACGAGCCGCUCUGUGCACCCCUCCAUGGUGCCGUCGCGGUACAAGACGCCUCUCUCCACGCACUCGCCGUAA